AUGGCACCUGAUUUCGGGAAGGGGAAGGUCAUAACAAUUUUGAGUGUCGAUGGCGGUGGCAUUAGAGGCAUUAUUCCCGGAACUAUCCUAGCUUUUCUCGAGUCUAAACUUCAGGAAUUGGAUGGCCCAGAUGCGAGAAUUGCUGAUUACUUCGACGUAAUUGCUGGAACGAGUACAGGUGGUUUGGUGACCUCGAUGCUUACAACUCCUGACAAGGAUAAUCGACCUUUGUACGCUGCGAAAGAUCUUACUCGCUUCUAUAUGGAACAUGCACCAAAAAUCUUCCCUCAGAGAAGUCAUUUCUUAAGCUCGGUGAUGAAUUUUGUUGGAAGAGUUAUGGGGCCAAAGUACGACGGGAAGUACUUGAGAUCAUUGAUACACGAAUUACUUGGAGAUACAACGCUUAAGCAAACGCUAACACAAGUCAUUAUUCCUGCUUUCGAUAUUAAGCGUCUUCAGCCUGUCAUAUUCACAACUAUUGAUGCUAAAUGGGACGAGCUAAAGAAUCCAAAAUUGGCGGAUGUUUGCAUCAGUACCUCAGCAGCACCAACGUUCUUACCAGGCCACGAGUUUGAAACUCAGGACUCCAAAGGAAACAUUCGUAAAUUUGACAUGGUUGAUGGUGGCGUUGCAGCCAAUAACCCAACAUUAGCAGCCAUAACUCAUGUGACCAAAGAGAUGAGCUUAUUGAGGCAUAGAAAUGAGCUAUUAAACAUAAAGCCCAUGGAAACAAAAAGAAUGUUGAUCCUUUCAUUAGGCACUGGUACGCCUAAGAAUGAUGAGAAGUAUAGCGCAGCUACAUCUUCAAAAUGGGGCAUGCUUGAUUGGAUCUACCACGGUGGAGCGGCACCUAUAGUCGACAUUUUCAGCGAUGCAAGCGAUGAUAUGGUAGACUAUCAUAUUUCAAGCAUAUUCCAAUCUUCAAACCAUCAAAAGAAUUAUCUUCGUAUUCAGGAUGACACGUUGACGGGUGAUGUAUCGUCUGUGGAUAUUGCCACCAAGAGGAAUUUACUGAAGCUGAUCGAUGUGGGGAAGAAUUUACUAAAGAAGCCAUUGUCGAGGGUGAAUUUGGAGUCGGGAAACUUCGAACCUCUUGAUGGGGAAGGGACUAAUGAAGAGGCCCUUGCUGCAUUUGCUAAAAUGUUGUCGGAUGAGAAAAAGCUACGAUUGAGCCCUUGAGGCUAACUCCUUUCCUUUGAUUUAUACUUGUUCUUCAUUAAUAAUUCUUGUGUUUAAUGCUUUUUAAUUCAAAUUGUAAAAGUAUUAGUUGUAUGACAUUAAUAAGAAACCGAUUG